AUGGAUUUUCUCACAAAUUAUGAGGGAAUUUAUUCUGAAAACAUUCAUACAUCAGAUGAUCUUCGAGAUGACGAUGAAUAUUUCGAUUUGAGGGAACAAUUUAAUGGCAAAUUUGGCCCUAUCAAACCAAUUGAUAUCAAAGACGAUAAUAUUCUAUUUAUAUGCGAAAAACCAUACAAAGACUCAUAUGCUGCCGUUCAUGGAGACGUCGGAAAGUUUUCGGAAAUAUUCUUCGAAGAAUAUGCACUACCUAACAAUCAAGUUUAUCCGACAUUUGGAAAAUAUGGAUUCAACGAGGAUCAUUCGUUGAAACUCUCAAUUGCUCCGAGUUAUUUCUCGCAAACCAAAUAUGUUCAUACUGGAAUCAAAGAAGCCAAUUCAACACGUUGGUGUGAUGAAUUCGAGAAGGAAGAGGUGUGUAAUGCGAGAAGGAAUAUGACAGCAUCGAAGAUAAUGAUAACGGACGAAGGUAAUUGGCAAUUAACAUCGGCUCCUUUCGGUCAACGUUCUCCAAUGUAUUGCCAGUCACGGUAUUACAAUUUCGAUGAAAACGGCUAUUGUCGGAGUGAUUUCACUCCGUUUAUCAAAGGAACCUACAUGUCAUGCCACAAGGCUUUUGAAAUAUUGAAAGAUUAUUAUCACGCGAACAUUUGGUGCUGGUAUCACAUGGGAGAAAGUCCAUGUAAACGUUGCAAAGACCCAUCCGGAAUGUUAAGCGAACCUGAAAGUGUUGAGGAAGUAGAACUACUCGGCUCGAUAGCCAAAGACGACUGGAAUUACCAUCUCGGUGUCCAACUCCGCAGAGGCCAUUUUCAUCGGUAUCACUAUGUUUAUUACCCCAAACGAAUUUUCGACUUCUAUUGGGGGUUAUGGGAUAAGAUCUAUUCGCCUGGACCACUAGGAUCUCGUAUCGUCCUUACGAAAAACAAACUUCUCAAGGAUGUAACUACUUCGAUGAAACUGGGAUUCAUGUGUCAAUUCAAUAUCGAUCGACCGGAUUCUGUUAAAAAACUUUAUUGA